AUGGACGUUCGGUCUGGAGCUCUGCUGGUAUUACUUGCCGUCGCGGUCGCUGGCCAGAACGUCGACCUGACUGUGUCGCCGGGGUCGAAGGGAAAAGACGUCGUGGAGACGGUGGUGGACAGGAUCCGUAGUAACUGCAUCUUUCCCGAGGAUAGGCUCUUUCUCCGGCGUCUGGCUUAUGCGGAGUCCAAAGAUGGCCAAGACCCCAAGACGUACAGGAAAGACUACCAUGGGGGAAUCUGGCAGGUUGACGAGGCGAAGUUUAACGCCACCAGACGCUGCCCGUUCAUCGUGUUCGAGGAAUGCUCCCUGAUCGAGUCGUCCUUCAACAUCACAUGGCAGGAUACCAAGUGGCAGGACCUGAGGAAGCCCUUGUACUCUGGUCUGGCAGCAUCCCUCUACAUGCUCAUCAGGCUGGGCUUCAUCAACACCAUGCCCGGCGACUUGGUGGGGCAGGCCGACACGUGGUCACACUACUACCACCUCGGCAGCCCUGACUCCGACUUCAUCAGUGCCGCCAACUCCGUCAAGGACGACUGUAAAGGGCAGCUGGACCUGGCGUUUAUCAUCGACAGCAGCGGCAGCAUCUACUUCACCGACUACAUCACUAUGCUCAUGUUCAUACAAAACAUCACCAGGGCUCUCGACUUCGGCCCGGACGCCACCCGCUUCGCCGCCGUCGUUUACGGGACUGCGUCGCGGGUGUCCUUCUACUUUAACACGUACUCCAACAAGUCUGAAGUCGUUGAUGCCAUCGCGCGUAUCAAGAAGGAUGACGGCGGCACCCACACAUUUGAUGCCAUUGAUCUGGCCACUGAUCACGUGUUCGACUCCAGAAACGGGGCCAGACCAGAUGUACCAAAGGUGGCCAUUUUGUUGACUGACGGGGCGUCUAAUGAUUUCAGCCUCACCGUUGAAGCUGCAGAGAGGGCAAAGCGCAAGGGCAUCAUAUUCUUCACCGUCGGUAUCGGCUCCAUCAACCGACGAGAGCUGCAGGCUGUAGCCUCGGACCCCAACUGUACGCAUGUGUUCGUCCUGGAGAACUUCUCAGAGAUCGACAGUCUCCUCAAUGAGAUGAGGAAAGGUUCCUGCUCAGCUCCCAUCGUCUAUAGCAACAUCACCAUGAACGCCAACACAACGAUCGUCAAGCAACUCAUGCCCAACAUCACCGAGAAGACCACCAUCAAGAUUGAUCACGAGUGGCACUUUCAGUCCGGAGGGGGAGAUGUUGUGAAGGCGGAAGUGACGUGUGGUAUCCUGGAUAUCUACACGUCAUUUGAGACACCCAAUCCCGGCCCAGCUUUCUUUAACCACAAGUUCUCUGCUACCGACGGCCAGCCGGCCAUCAUCUCCCUGGGCGCCUCCCAUGACGGCAGGCCCCUCUACGUCACCAUCAUCGGCACCAAACUUCCCGACUCCGCCUCGGGGCUCCUUAAAUGCCAGGACGCCAAGUACUCAGUGUCUGUAGACAAGAAGCUAGACAUCCAAAUACUGUGCAGGGAAAACGGUGUGUUAAGAAACUGCACGAAACAGGACUACAUCCAUGCAGAGGUGAAGACUCUCAUCUGUGACGGCAAUACCUGGGGCGACCUCGCCAACCCCUGCACCCCCGACAGCAUCAACAACGGCGUGUUCGUCCACCCUCACCCGUUUGACUCCAGCAUGUUCAUCAAGUGCGACCUGACCGGGAAGAUGUAUGUCACCAUGUGCCCCGGCCACGACAUCUUCAACAAGGAAACUAUGUCGUGUGGGUUUGCAAGCGUUUCCGUCCAGAGCGGGGGCACACUCCUCCCCUCCAACAUCCAGAAUCCCUGCACACCCCAGAUGAUACAGAAGGACGAAUUCUUCUUCCCCUACCCCCAGGAGAAACACACGUUUAUCCACUGUGACGUGUGGGGCGGUGCCUGGGUACAGCACUGCGACACCAACUUCCUCUGGAACGACAUCGCGAAGACGUGCGUGGCCGACUUCCUCCAUGAGUUCGACCCGUCCACACCCCAGCCUGUCACUGUCCACAACCCAUGUGUGGCGGGGUCUGCUAUUAUGUUCUACCCACAUCCUGACCAGUCCAAGUUUAUACAUUGUGACGUGGCAGGCAACUAUUGGGUACAGUCGUGUCCUCUGGGCAUGCGCUAUGAGCCCACUGCCUACGUGUGUGUCACGUAAAGAAGGCGAUUUAAUUGUCGGUAAUAUGCUCCUGUCAAUAAAUAUAAAAUCCCUGA